GGAUAUCUACGUCGGGCAGGGCCUGAUGAUUCGCGGUCGUCUUCUAGCAACUUCACAAAGGCCCUGACCACAUGUUGUUCAUUUGCUCGACGCCAGUGACGACGUGGUCCCAAAUUAAAACGGGUUACCCGGCACUGCGCGUCAUACACAAUAACAUGCUCCGCGAGCGCGCUAUACCAAACGCCGUUCCGUCCAGAACGGCCGCAACGUGCGACGCUGGCAGUUGCGAGUGUCGUGAUUCGGAUCUCCGCCCACUACGCCCGAGCAUAAAAGCAUUCGUGGGUACCCUUCCUUUUUUCGGGACGCUUCCUCUUCCCCCACUCAAGCGUGCGUGCGAGCAGGUGUGAGCCGCCGCCCAGAUCCUUGCAUGCCUUCCAGCGAGCAGCCGACCUUCGCCCCCCUGUAUCCAUCGCGCUUCUUGUUGGGGUGCAGAUGUAUUUCGCUUAAGAUGCUUAGCAGGCCUUCUUCGAAGUUGUCGACCACCCCAACAAAACGCGUAGUAACGAGCGCGCGCAGAAUGGCUACGUGUGUGGAAGGAUGGAUGUGAGGUGUUCAUACCAGCCCAUCUGUUCUUGGCAGUCGCUUCGCUCAGCUUUCAAUUGGAGAAGGAAGUACCCCAUAUGUAGUUGGAAAAAUAUAUUGCUUUAUGCUAUGCUU